ACAUGUGGUUUCAUUCUAAAGUCUAAACUCGUCGACCGCAAUAGCAGUAUAGAGAGAGAAGCGCGACACACUUCCCUCUAAGUGUAACUUGCUUAGAUCGAUAGAUAAUAGAUAGAUUGAUGAGUGGGUGAUUUUGGUUGGUAGAAAAGCAAAUCACGUUCCGUUCAACAGGAUUAUCAAUCAUGUUUAAGCAAGAGCAAGGUGCACUGCCAGUUUCACAGCCCGGAGGAGGAGGAGGAGAAGGCAUCCGCAAAAGACUCUCCUCUCUCUACUCUGUACAAACCCCUACGACGUUGAUCUCGUCAUCUGCGUCUUCGUUGGGAGCGGCAUUCCGGAGAUCUAAAUCUAUGGGGGAUGUAGAGUACAUGAGGGCGAAGGCGGCCGAUGGGUUCGUGUCCAUCAGGAGGUGGUGGGACUGGGGGUGGUCCUGGAUCCUGUCAAGGAAGCCCACCUUCGCUAAGGAUCUGGAGAUGAACGAAGAUGAGAAGGCGGCGCUGGGGUGCCACAGCAAGGGCAGCUGGAGGCAUGUGUUCUACAAGGUUAAGUUUGAGUUAAGGAGAAGGCUGAUGGGGUCUGAGGGCCUCCCUCAGACUUUCCGCUACGACUCAUUGGAUUACUCCAAAAAUUUUGAUGAUCAGACCAGAAGAACCUUCUCUCAUCACCGUCACUUCUCUCGCUAGUGAGCUAGCUAGCUAAUUAAAUCUCAUCUGCCGCCGCCGCUAUAUGUCUACAUAUAUAUAUAUAGUUUGUAUGCACAUCGAUCAUAAUCAACAUCUGUCCUGCUCGCUGUUAGAUCGAUCCAAUGAAAGUGGCCAACCUAGCUGCAAUGCAGAUCAGAUCCGAUCCCCACCUAGCUUGAGUUUGUGUGUUGUUUGUGUGUACAACAAUAGUUCGUUCAGUACGAUCGAUCUAUACUAGAUCAUCGCCAAAAAUAACCCGUCAUACGUACAUGCCAGCCAUUAUGAAUUGAAUGUUGUGCCGCCAAUCCAAUCAAGUAUCUUUUCCCACGCUGCAGGGAGGAGUAGUUUUUAAUUUCGAUUUUUUUUUUCUUUAUGAUUUCUAGCUUGAAUUUGUCCAUUGUUAUUUUAUUCAAUCAAUUGUGAAUUAAUAAGCAUUUAAUUGAACGAAUACAUUAUAUUAUACUA